CUUACAAAACUUAAAGGUUUUCGUUUGUCUGUGCUAUGCAUCCACCAUCACUAGUCACAAAACCAAAUUCUAGGAGAGAGUCCAAAAAGGAGUUUUAAUGGGAUAUACUGCAGGAGUAAAGGGGUAUAGGAUCUAUAACUUGCCUUCUCAUGACAUCUUCCUUUUCCGAGAUGUCCACUUUCAUGAACAUGAAUUUCCUUUCCACCACUCCUCUCCUGACUCACCCUAUACAGAUCCUCUUCCCUCUACUCACACCUAUCCAAUCCCAUAUGAUCUCCCAUCCCCACCUACCUUGCCUAGUUCAGAACCACCAUCUGAUUCCCCACCACCUACCCCUCCCAAUCCUUCCUCCAUUGAUCUGCCCAUCGCCAUUAGGAAACCAUCCAGAACCAUAAAACCAUCCACCAAACUCCAAACUUACCAUGGUAACCUACUUCAGCAGGCUUCUUCCUCCAGUCAUUCUCUCCAGCAACAUGUUCCAGGUAUCACCUAUCCCUUAUCUGAUGUACUUGAUUACACUGGUUUAUCUUCUUCCCAUCUCAAGUUCAUCUUGAACAUAUCUUGCCACAAAGAACCUGAAUCAUAUGAAGAAGCUGCUCUCAGACCAGAGUGGAAUCAGGCCAUCAACCAUGAAAUUGAUGCCUUUGAGAGGAAUCAGAUCUAGGAUGUUGUUUCUUUGCCUCAAGAAAGAAACCCCCUUGGCAACAAGUGGAUCUUCAAAUAUAAGUUCUUCUCUGACGGAAGCCUGGAAAGAGAGAAGGCAAGAUUAGUUUCAAAAGGUUACAAUCAACAAGAAGACAUAGAAUAUGAGGACACAUUUGCACCUGUGGUCAAAAUGACGACAGUCAAAUAAUUCCUUGCUAUAGCUGCCUCCAGAUCCUGCCAUGUCCAUCAAUUAGAUGUAAACAAUGCUUUUUUACAUGGGGAUAUCACAGAAGAAUUAUAUAUGAAGCUACCAAAAGGAUACAAACCACCUCCACACAUCAAGAACCCUGUUUGCAGACUAAAGAAGUCCCUCUAUGGCCCGAAGCAGGCCUCUAGGCAAUGUUUCUCCAAGUUAGCAGACUGCCUUAUCAAUCAGGGAUACACUUCCAGCCAAGUUGAUAAUUCCUUAUUCUACAAAUCUCAAGACUCUCAUUAUACCUGUGUUUUUGUCUAUGUUGAUGACCUAGUUGUGGGAGGAAAUGAUUUAGUAGAAAUCACACAACUAAAACAAUACCUUCAUCAGACAUUCAACAUCAAAGAUAUGGGUCCUCUAAAGUUUUUCCUUGGCAUUGAAGUUGCCAAAAACUCUUCUGGUAUUCAUCUCUCCCAAAGAAAAUACACUCUGGAGAUACUUGAAGAAGGGGAGUGCUUCUAUCCAGGCAUGUCUCUACCCCUAUGGACCACAAGAUUCAUCUAACAGCACACCAUUCUUAUGCUUACCCUGAUCCUUCUUUCUACAGAAGACUAGUGGGCAAGCUCAUCUACAUAACCAAAACAAGACAAGAUAUAAGCUUUGCCACUCAGCAGCUCAGCCAAUAUAUGUAUAAUCCUAGCAAUCAACACUACUAGGCUGUCACUAGGGUUCUUCGAUACCUCAAAUCAGCUUCCUCUACUGGUUUGUUCUUUCCUACUUCAUCUUCACUACAUCUUAAAUCCUUCAGUGAUUCAGAUUGGGCAUCUUGCAUGGACACUGUAAGGUCAGUGACUGGUUACUGUGUUUACCUCGACAAUGCUUUGGUCUCGUGGAAGAGCAAGAAACAACGAACCAUCUCCAGAUCAUCUUGUGAGGCAGAAUAUAGGGCCAUGGCGGAUAUAACCUGUGAACUCUAAUAGCUACUAUUUCUCCUUCAAGACUUCCAGGUCCCUCAUCCACUUCCUUCCAUCAUCUAUUGUGACAACCAAUCAGCAAUUCACAUCGCAGAAAACCCAACAUUCCAAAAGCGAACCAAGCAUAUCGAAUUAGAUUGUCACCUGGUUAGAGAAAAAUUGCAAAAUGGCAUUGUCAAAAUUCUCCAUGUCUCGACUCUUCACCAAUUGGCUGACCUGUUCACGAAAACACUCCCACCAGCAACCUUUUCCAUUCUCCUCUCCAAACUUGGUGUGCACAAUCUGUGCCCACCAGCUUGUGCGGGGAGGGGGGGGGGUGUCAAAAGAAAAUACAAAAUUUUCAAGCAACGUCGUCUCAAGCAAAGCUUCAGAUUCCACAAGUGCAACAGCACCGUCUUGUGGAGUGGAGACCUUCAUUGACGAUACGUCGACGUUGUGAUCCAACUUCUCUUUCAUUUCCCAGUUGUUGUUCCCUCCAAACUCUGCAUUCUGUGUUUUCUGUCUGUAAACAACAGCUAAGAGUUGUUUGUCCUCUACUGAUCCAAUCUUGUGUGUAAAUAACAAUAGUAAUGAGAAAGUAAGUUAGGAUUUCAAUUGCAUACCUGGUGUUAAAUUCGGUUAUAUGUUUGUGUUCUAGUUAUGGUUUUUCUCUUGUAAUGUGUUCUUAUCAUAUCCCAACUAUGAUGAGGGGACCCAGAAAAAUGAUGCUCUAGGAAUAUAAAUUGUGGUAGUUAGGGGAGGAGAGACCACACUCAGUAUCACAAUUUUUGUAUCCAAUCCAUCUCAAGUUCCCAACUGAUAUGAUUAUAAAAUUAGAUUGGCGUG